AUGACAGUGGCCCAUGGAGACAAUGUGGAUGAAUUGGCUGCACUCCCUGUUCCACCUCAGGAUCUGUAUGAGCCAGAGCAGGACCAUGAGUGUUGUGAGAGGGUGGUGAUUAACAUCUCAGGACUUCGCUUUGAGACUCAGCUCAGGACCUUGGCUCAGUUCCCUGAUACCCUGCUCGGAGAUCCUAAGAAGAGGAUGGGUUACUUUGACCCUCUGAGGAAUGAAUAUUUCUUCGAUAGGAACCGUCCGAGUUUUGAUGCUAUCCUGUAUUACUACCAGUCUGGGGGAAGGCUGCGUCGACCUGUCAAUGUGCCACUGGAUAUCUUCUCUGAGGAGAUACGCUUUUAUGAGCUGGGGGAGGAGGCGAUGGAGAUGUUCAGAGAGGAUGAGGGUUUUAUUAAGGAGGAGGAGCGGCCUUUACCCACGAAUGAGUUCCAGCGCCAGAUCUGGCUGUUAUUUGAGUACCCUGAGAGUUCAGGUCCAGCACGCGUUAUCGCCAUCGUGUCUGUCAUGGUCAUUCUCAUCUCAAUCGUCAGCUUCUGUCUCGAAACUCUACCUGCUUUUCGAGACGACAAAGAGAAAGCAAUUGGAGGGAGACCAACAUAUAACAAUGACACAACCCCCUUUCACACUCCGACAUUUGCUGAGCCCUUCUUCAUUGUUGAGACUCUCUGCAUCAUCUGGUUUUCCUUCGAAUUUCUAGUCAGGUUGUUUGCUUCCCCCAGCAAACCCAGCUUCUUUCGAAACAUCAUGAACAUUAUCGAUAUCGUGGCUAUCACCCCAUACUUCAUCACCCUGGGUACUGAGCUGGCAGAGCAGCAGCAACAGGCAGGCAAUGGACAGCAGCAAGGGCAGCAGGCCAUGUCUCUGGCCAUCCUGAGGGUCAUUCGCUUGGUCAGGGUCUUUCGGAUCUUCAAGCUGUCCAGACACUCUAAAGGGCUACAGAUCCUUGGGCAGACCCUGAAGGCCAGUAUGAGGGAGCUGGGUCUCCUCAUCUUCUUCCUCUUCAUUGGAGUCAUCCUCUUCUCCAGCGCUGUCUACUUUGCUGAGGCAGAUGAAACAGCUUCCUACUUUGAUAGCAUCCCCGAUGCCUUCUGGUGGGCAGUGGUAUCCAUGACAACAGUGGGGUAUGGAGACAUGUACCCCAUUACCAUAGGGGGCAAGAUGGUUGGCUCCCUGUGUGCCAUUGCUGGAGUGUUGACCAUUGCCCUCCCUGUGCCCGUCAUUGUCUCCAACUUUAACUACUUCUAUCACCGAGAAACAGAGAAUGAGGAACAGGCCCAAUACCUACAUGUGAAGAGCUGCCCAAACAUCCCAUCCACGGCUGAUCUGAAGAAGAGUAACAGCACUUCCAGUAUCUGCAAGUCAGAGUACACAGAGACACAGGAGGGUGUGGGUGGUGUUCGGGAGCCCCCGGAACAUAACCUUCACACUGACAAUUGUACUUUACCAAACCCCAACUACGUGAACAUCACCAAAUUGCGGAGUGAUGUGUGA